CUCUUUCUCAGGUACCGGUCUACCUGCUCUCCCUUUCCCUUCAUAAGCUCCGCGUCUCACUCUUUCUUCCACUUCCUCCGGGACCGACGCCAACAUGAAGCAUACGACUGCUGCGUCUCUGCUCGCAUUGGCCUCCUUCCAAUUGGCGCAGGCGUCGCCAUUUCACCCUUCUUCUUUGAGCACAGCCACCACCAUCCCUGUUGUGCGCCGGCGCGCAAGCACGAGAGCGCUCACGCCCGACCAGAUUGGCGCUGCCGGCGACCGCCUGAGGGCAAAGUACGGACGGCCUACGGUAGUGAGCAAGCGGAAGCGCGCGGGGCAGACAGUCGGGGUCAGCAUCACGAACGAGGGACACGACGCCAGCUACGUAGCACAGGUCAGCGUUGGCACGCCCGCGAAGGACUUCCUCGUCGUCCUCGACACCGGCUCAUCCGACUUUUGGCUCGCCUCGACGGGUUGCCAAGCAUGCGUCUCGACCGCGGCACAGUACGACUCGUCGCAGAGUAGCAGCUUCAAAGCCUCUUCAGGGUUCAACUCGCAAGUGCAGAUCCCAUACGGCUCCGGCGCGGUGCAGGGAGACUUGGGCUCUGAGAAUGUCAACCUCGGCGGGUUCAGCGUUGCGGGUCAGACGUUCCUCGUGGUGGACCAGAUCACAAACAACUUCUUCUCGGGCGAAACGGACGUGAGCGGGAUCAUGGGCCUCGCGUUCCAGAGCAUCGCGGCGACCAAGGCGACACCGUUCUGGCAAACCCUUGUAUCGAACAACCAGCUGGACCAGCCGAUGAUGUCGUUCUGGCUCCAGCGCGCGUCUGGGUCGAGCAGCAACGACCAGCCGGGUGGAGUCUUGACGUUUGGCGGAGUGAACACCACGCUCUUUUCUGGUGACAUCGAGUACAACAACCAGCCCAGCGAUGAGACGGCAUCUUUCUGGCUUUUGGACUUGCAGAAGGUCACUGUGACCGGGAAGGAGGUGCAGCUCUCUGGAGGCAACAACGCGCUGUCUGCCAUCGACACCGGGACGACGCUGAUCGGCGGGCCAUCCACGGACGUGGCCAACUUCUGGGCUACCGUCCCCGGAUCGGAGGCCCUUACAGGAAGCAACCAGGGCUUCUGGUCGUACCCGUGCAGCAUGCAGUUGAAUGCCACCCUGAACUUCGGCGGCCGUGACUGGCCGAUUAGUGACGAAGAUAUGCAAUUCCAGCAGCUUGACCGACAGGGUACCCUCUGCGCCGGAGCCAUCUUCGAUCUGGAUGCGAAUACCGAUAUCCCAGUGGGCAGUGGGACGCCUGCGUGGAUUGUUGGCGAUACCUUCCUCAAAAACGUAUACACUGUCUUCCGUGCCUCGAACCCGCCAGCUGUAGGCUUCGCCGAGCUCUCCACGGCCGCAGGAGGGACAGGCACAUCACCCGGUACGCAACCGCCAUCAGUAUCUGCAUCUGUCCCUGCCGCCACCGCGAGUAGUGCGACAAGUUCCACGCCCAGUUCUGGAAGCAGUGGAAGCACAACAAGCGGGGCGACGACUACUCGUGCGUCGACGGGCCUUAUGGCGUCUGCUUUGCUCGUGCUUGCGAGCUGUAUGUUUGUCAUGAGCUGAUCCCUGGAGUAAUGUAUCUGGACCAGUUCUGACUUUUGCUCUCGUUGCUUAUCUGUAUCAUAACAUAUCUGUGGACUCUGUCGUUAGAAUUUUCAUGCUUCAUCUUCAACAAUCGCUGCCGCCACAGCAGC